UUAUGGAAAAAAUCUAAUAUAAAAAAAUUAUCACCGUCCAGACAAUUAUUAUCAAAAUCAAAAAAAUAUUUAUUACUUAAUAAUUAUCAUUGUUUAUUUAAAAAAUGUAAAAGUGAUGAAACUUUUAAGUCUUGCAAUAAAUUUGAUGAAAAAAAACAAUUAUCUGAAAGUGAGAGGUUUGAAAAAUUAUUAAAAAGUGAUUAUUUUUUGAUUGAAUCAUUAUUUAAUGUCAAAAGAAAUAUCAAUUUAACAUUCAAUUAUAAAAAUAAUAAAUUUGAUCAAACAGCUUCACCACAACCAAUAACAUUACAAUUGGAAUUAUUAUAUGCAAAAGCCAUAAAUUACAAUAAAGUCAAUGAUAAGUCGUAUGAUACUUUGAGUUUAAUUGAAAAAAUGAAUGAAACUGUUGAAGAAAAGAAAAAUCAAGAAACACCAGAAAAUGAUAAUAAUAAUAAUGUUGAUAAUGCUUCAAAUAAUGAUGAUGUUAAACCAGCUGAAGAAAUAGAUAAUGAUGAUAAACCAACAAAUAAUAUUAAUCAACAAAUAAUAUCAUCAUCAUCAUUAUCAAAACUCGAUGAAGCAUCAAAUUAUCACAAUGAUUCAAUUAAAAGUUCAAUUCCAAUGCAUGAUACAGCUGUUAUGAGUGAAAUGAAAGAAGCACAUGUAAGAUCCAAGAUGAUUCAAGCUGAUAUGAAAAUAUUAAAUGAAGAAUUAAAUACUUUACGAGAUAAAAGUAAUAUGACAAAUGAUGAUAAAGAAUUAAUUGAAAAAAAAGGUACAGAAGUCAUGGAGAGAAUGAAAGAAUUGGAAGAAUUAACUAUUAAAUUUGCAUAUUUUUUGGGUUUAUCUGAUACAAAAAUUGAUGAUAUUGAACGUAAUCCAUAUUCACAACAUCAUCUUGACCAGGUAAAAGAAGAAUAUAAUUUUGAUGAUAAAAGUGUAUUGGAAUCACCACUGGAACCAGAACCAGUAUAUCCAGAAGACAGUUUGCCCAGAGUUAUUAUUUGUGGUAAUAUUGAGGAUGGUAUUCCAAGAAUUGUUGUUGCUGAUAGUUAUCGACGAAUUAGUCAUCAUGAUAAUAAAAAUAAAAAUAAAAAUGUAAAUAAUAUUAUUGCUGGAUUAACGGACACAUUGACUAGACAAGAACAGGCCAUCUCUGAUAAAUAUACAUAUGAAAAAUUAAAAAAAUCUCUGGAAGAUGAAAAUGAAAAAUUACAAAGCAAAAUAUGUGGUCUUGAAGAAAGAAUAAAAAUUUUAGCUAAAGAAAAAGCUCAAGUAGAUUGUCAAUUACAACAAAAAAAAGUUGGUUGUCCAUUUGUAAAUUUAAAUUCAUCACGUCGUAAAUUGACGUCUGAGCCUUGCAAAUGUACACGUUUACAAAAAAAUAAAUUUGAUUUUGAAAGACAAAAAGGUGGAGGUUCACGAGAUUUACUUUGGUCUAAUAAUAAAAAGUCAACAAAUAUGAAUCAUCAGGCUUCAUCAUAUGGUUCUUGUCCUGCUGAAAUUAAAAAUCAAUUACAUAAUAAUGAAACUAGUACAAAACAACUGGAAAAUCAAAUGGGAAAUAUAGAAUCAAAGAUGCAGCAUAUGAAAAUGGAACUAGCCAAUGUUCAACGAGAAAGACAACAAUUGGAACAACAAAGAAAAUUAUUAAAUUGCACAGCACCAUGUGCACCAUGUCCUUGUGGUACAAAUUCAAAUACUUCAUUAAAAAAUGAUGAUGUACUAACAUUACAAGGUUUUGACUCAAAAGACAAUUAUUCUCAACAAGAACUUUAUGAUCUUCGUGAAAAAUAUUCUCGUCUUCAAGAAGAUUAUAGAAAUAAAUUAUGUGAAGUAUCUUGUCUUCGUCGUGAUGCUGAAAAACUUAAAAAUGAAACUCGUCAAGCUAUCAAUGACAAAGAUAUUGUUGUUAAUCAAUUAACAGAUGCUCAAAAUAAAUUAAAAAAUUAUGAGAUGGAUAAAAAAAAAUAUGGUAACAAAAGAGAACAAGGAAUUGAACAAGAGCAAGCAUUGAUUGUUGCAAAACACAGAUACAGAGAGGCUCAAGAUGAAUUGGAAGAAUUAAAAUCUCAUAUGCAAGAUCAAUCUAAUCAAUUGGAAGACUAUCGUAAUAAAUAUCUCGAGGCUCAAGAACAAGUUGAAGAACAAAAAAGAGUAUUGGAUUUAAUGGAAUUGGAUAAUGCUAGAAUGAAUGAAAAUGUCAAUCUUGAAAUAAGUCGUAUAAAGAGUCAAUUUCAAGAUAAAUUGUCAGAACUUGCACUUCUUCCUGAUCUUCUUAGACAAACACAAAUACAACUUCAAGAAAGUCAAAGACAACGAGCACUGGCUGAACAUAAUUGUGAAGAUUUAUCAAAAGAAUUAUCAAGCUAUAAAGAUAAAUAUGAAAAAAUUAAUAAUGAAUUUAAAAUACUUCAAGAUGAAUAUGGACUAUUAAAUGGUGACAAAUAUACUCGUAAUAAUAAUAAUGAUGGUAUUGAAAAACAAAGUAAUCAACUAUCACAAGAUAAUGAAAGAUUGAAAAAUGAAUUAAUUAAUCUCGAGAAUGAAUAUGAAAAUAAACUUGAAGAAAAAAUACAUGAAAUUGUUCAGCUGAGUUCGAUACUUGAAGAAGUGAGAGAAGAUUCAGCAAGACAAGUUGCUAGAACAAAAGAAAGAUGUGAAAUUGUUAGAAGAGAUUUGCAAGGACAAAUAUCUGUAUUGGAAAAAGAAUUGGCUAAAUUAAGAGCCACUGCAAAAGCUGCUGAAAAAGAACGUGAUGAGAUACGAAUAAAAAUGCAGAGUCAACUUAAUCGUCUAACUGAAACAUUUGGUCAAGCUCAAGGUCGUGUUAAAACAUUGCAAGGACAAAUUGAUUAUCUCAGCACAUCGUAUAACAAUGUGUUUGAUAAUAAUUCUCAUCAACAUCAACAUCAUCGUCAAGUAUCUCCAAUUGAUGCCCAACAAAAUUUAUUAGCACUUGAAGCUUCUAAUCAAAGUCCCUAUGAUUCAUGUGAUUGUGCUUAUUAAUUAUUAUUUAUCAUCUUUCUCUCUCCCCAUCUUAAAGCAAUUUAAAUUUUUUAAAUAAUAAAAUCAAUCAUUAUUAUUAUUAUUAUUAUUGU